GUGUGUGUGAUCAUCAUCAAAUCAAUUGAUACAAUUAGAAUGGCGAGUACUAAGAGAACAUUGAAGAUCAAGGAGAUACGUAUUGCAGAGAACUGCAUGUUCUGGUUGGAUCGUCUGGCCAUGUUUCAGAUCCUUAGUUUCUCCGAUGAUCCCACCACUGGUUUUCUCCACUUUGCUUUCGCUGCAUGUCUUCUCCUCUUCACUCACUACAACUAUGUCCUCCUCUACAUCGAACGACGUCGUAUAAACCAUCCUUAUUCAGCUGAAGAUGAUGCAAAGUUCAACAGACUUGCAUUCUAUGGAGAGAGGGUUGGGUUUCUUUUUGUAAUACUCUAUCUUGCUCUUGGAUGGCCAUUGGCUUUUGAGAUUACACUUCUCCUCCUCAUUUGUGUGAGCAAUGUGCUUUACAUGCUACGAUACGAGAAGAAACAAGAAGAAAAGUAUGCUUGUACUAGUGCUAAGCAGGAAUCCGAGAAAAUUGAUUCCAAUGCUGUUGGAAUUGAAGAGAAUAAGCAAUCGAAGUCAGUUGAGGAAGAACAAAAAUCAGUCCGUGAGGUGUGGAAGAUGUAUGUGGACAACCAACGACUUUACUCCGCCAACGAAAUUGAUCUACUCAUCGGUGCCAAACCUCAAAUAAAGGAGCUCCAACAAGUACAAAAACCAGCCCAGGCUAACAAAGAAGACAACAAACGACUUUACUCAGCCAAUGAAAUCAAUCUUCGAAGACUCAUUGAUGCCAAACUUCAAAUAAAGGAGCUUCAAGAUCAAUGUCACGAGCACAAUAAGGAAAAAGAGGAUCUAACAAUGACCCUUGAUCGAGUAACCAAGUCUCUAUACAAUCUCUCCAAGGAUCUUACAAGAUUGAGAGAGGCAAACAUUGAUUUAGUUACUAAGCUUUCCGAGACAAGCUCGUGGUACAAAUUUCAGUUCCAAACUACAAUAGACUACGAGAACCGUAACACCAUUCUUGAGCAGGAGAAGAAAAAAUUACAGGACAAUAUCAACGAGAUGAGAUCGUCAUACGAGUUGUUCAACGAGGUAAAAUCGUCGUACGAGUUCUACAGAUCGUGUUAUGAAGCUACAGAGGAGGACUAUAAGAACUUAAUGGAAGAGAAAAUUGAAUUAUCUGUCAAAUUUGCUGCGAAAACCGAAUGUUCCGAUAAGGCCUUGCAGGAGUUGGAAGAGAAGUGUAGGAUUCUUGAGGAGGAGAAUUAUGAGGCUCAUAGAAAUAUCUAUUUUGCGAAAAUGUCUACUGAGAUGGUGGAUGAGUUGGAAGAGCAGUGUAGGAGAUUGGAGCGUGAAAAGACUGAACUUAUGCGUGGGAUUUUUUCUUCAGCCGAUGUCGCAGUUGUGAAUGAGUGGGAAGAGAAGUGUAAGAGGUUGGAGCAAGAGAAGACAGAGCUCAUGUGUGAGAAUUCUGCUGCAAAAGUUGCUGCUGAGGCUGUGAAUGAGUUGGAAGUGAAGUGUAAGAGCUUCGAGCAAGAGAAUAAACUGCUUUUGACUGAGAUUUCCACUACAAAACAAGCUUAUGCUGACCUUAUGAGCGAGGCUUCUGCUGCUCAGAUAUACAAAUCCUAUUUGCAUGAUCUUGAUGGUGAUGAUUUAGUAAUUAUAGAUUAAAUUAGCUUAUUAUUUCUCUUUUUUUUGGUCAUUAGGGUAUUUGAUUAGUAGGUAAUGAACUAAUUUAUGUUAAUUGAGAUAUACAGAGAGG